AUGCCCGUUGCUUUGUCUAAGAUCCCCACCCUUCGCGAGCUAUAUGGCACUUCUGCCAUCAAGAGUGCCAAGAGCUCAGAACUCGUGUUCCCGCCCAAGGAGUCGUUGCUCGAUCGGGUGUCAUUGUAUCAGGGGGACAUUACCAGGUUGGAAGUGGCAUCUAUCGUGAAUGCUGCCAACCGAAGUCUAUUAGGAGGUGGAGGCGUGGACGGAGCCAUCCAUGCUGCCGCGGGUCCAGAACUUCUGGAAGAAUGUCGAACACUUGACGGUUGUGAUACUGGCGACGCCAAGAUCACCAAGGGAUACGAUUUGCCGUCGAAAUUUGUGAUCCAUACAGUGGGGCCAAUAUACUCAUCAGCGAACACGGAUGUCAAGGCUAAGCAGCUCAAGUCGUGCUAUCAAAGAAGUUUGCAAUUGGUAGUGGAUAGGUCGCUGAAGCAUAUCGCAUUUCCUUCCAUCUCGACGGGAAUAUACGGCUAUCCUGUCGAAGAUGCUACGCACAUUGCAUUGAAAGUGGUUCGCGAAUUCCUUGAUUCUCUCAGUGGAGACGGGCUUGAUCGAGUUAUAUUCGUAGUCUGGAGCGACGCCGACAAAAUAGUAUACGAGAAUCUCAUCCCUCUGUACUUCCCGCUUACAGCUGAGGAGAGCGCUCUGCAGGUACAAGGGGGAUAG